GAUCUCUCCCUCUCUCCUUCAAUCGUCUCUCUCCGAACUCAGCUCUCUGAAAACCCUAGUCCCCUUCCUUGCUAUCUCUCUCACUCCCAAAACCCUUAUCUCCAUCCUCAUCUCUCUCUCAAUGGCGGAGGCGAACAACGGCACCGGAGCUGCGAUUGAAAAGCCAGAGGUGAAGCGGGCUUGGGGCGACGACGAAGAACUUGAUGCCACUGAAACGCCUUCCGCUUCGUCCGCACACGCCACCUCCGGAGCUGCGAUUGAAAAGCCAGAGGUGAAGCGGGCUUGGGGCGACGACGAAGAACUUGAUGCCACUGAAACGCCUUCCGCUUCGUCCGCACCCGCCACCUCCUCCGAUGCCAAUGAAGAAUCCGAACCGAACAUCGCCUCGCUCUCGAUCAAGGAAGGCACUGAAAGGAAAGACACAAACUUGGAUGAUCCCGAAGAUUCCCAGAUCGAAACAGUUACUUCUGGGGACACUUUAUAUUCCUCUGCUAUGACUUUUGAAGAACUGAAUCUGUCUCGGGAGUUGCUGAGGGGAUUAUAUGUAGAGAUGCGUUUUAAGACGCCAAGCAAGAUUCAGGCUGUAAGCCUCCCAAUGAUUCUCACUCCACCUUAUAAGAAUUUGAUAGCUCAAGCUCACAACGGUUCUGGCAAGACAACAUGCUUUGUGCUUGGCAUGUUGAGUCGGGUUGAUCCUAAACUAAGAGCACCUCAAGCACUUUGCAUAUGUCCAACAAGAGAACUCGCUAUACAGAACCAGGAAGUCCUUUCGAAGAUGGGGAAGCAUACUGGUAUAACUUCAAUAUGUGCUAUACCGUUGGACAGUUCAAGCUACAUUCCUAUUGCGAAGCGUCCCCCAGUCACUGAACAAGUAAUAAUAGGAACUCCUGGUACCAUUAAGAAAUGGAUGGCAGCAAAAAAAUUGAGCACGCGGGAUAUGAAGAUACUUGUUUUCGAUGAGGCUGAUCAUAUGUUGGCUGAGGAUGGCUUUAAGGAUGACUCAUUAAGGAUCAUGAAGGAUAUUGAAAGAAACAGUUCCCAUUGCCAGGUGCUUCUAUUUUCUGCUACCUUUAAUGAAACUGUAAAGGAAUUUGUAUCAAAAGUGGUUAAAGAUGGGAAUCAGCUCUUUGUAAAGAAAGAAGAGUUGUCACUUGACACUGUGAAGCAGUACAAGGUGUCCUGUCCAGAUGAACUAGCGAAGAUUGACGUGAUUAAGAACAAGAUUUUUGAAUUAGGAGAGAAGUGGGGGCAGACUAUUAUAUUUGUCCGUACACGGAGAAGCGCUGACACGUUGUAUAAGGAAUUGGAGGACUUUGGUUAUGACUGUACUUGUAUUCAUGGUGCCCAUCAGCAAGACAUGAGGGAUAAGAUGAUCAAGGAGUUUAAAGAGGGACUAACUAAAGUCCUCAUUUCAACUGAUCUCCUUUCUCGAGGUUUCGAUCAAGCGCAGGUUAAUUUGGUUGUCAAUUACGACCUUCCUGUCAAACAUGAAUCUCCAACAGAACCUGAUUACGAGGUGUACUUGCAUAGGGUUGGUAGAGCAGGACGUUUCGGUCGUAAUGGAGCUGUGUUCAACUUGCUGUGUACUGAAAGGGACUUCACAAUCAUGGAGAAGAUUGAGAGGCACUUCAACCACAAGGUGGAGCAGGUGAAUGAUUGGAAGAGCGAAGCAGAUUUUGAGCGUGCCCUCAAGGAUGCUGGCUUGCUGUAGACAAAGUGCAUACAUGCGUUUCCUUUUUAAUGCCUGUUGUGCACUAUUAAUGUGGUUUUUAUAAGCCUGAAAGAGAUCAUUUCCUCCACCUAUGUAUACGAGAUUGGCUACAACCUUCCGGAGGAUGCUCAAAUGUUUUCUAGUAGCAAAGUAUCGUUAAGUCUUGUGCGGAUGUGUACAGAUAUAUUUAUGGGUUUUGUUUCUCUUCUAUUUCUUCUA